AUGCCAUAUCUCGCCAACCGACACCCCGAUUGCUCUCGUCUCUUUUGCGCUGGGAAGCCCUCGUUCACACCUUUCUUUGGGCCCCCUGAACUCGCCAAACGGUCACGUAUUGGCUACGCUUCACCUAGUUCAGCCUGGUAUGGCCAAAAUGAACAUAUCUCGUCCGUUCUCGGCGAGAUCCUCGUCGUUCCUUUUGUUCUUUGGCUCGUUUUGAAUCCACGGUCAACGCGCUUCUGGGAAGCCUUUAUACGUGUCAAACGGACGAGCGGUUCUCGUGUUACAGCACCAUCCCUCCAACAACCUCUUACAUGUGACUUGUUCAUGUCAUAUCUCGCCAACCGACGCCCGGAUCGCGCUCAUCUCUUUUGUGUUAGAAAGCCCUCGUUCACACCUUUCUUUGGACUCCCUGAACUCGCCAAACGGUCAUCUAUUGGCGGCGCUUCCCCUAGUUCAGCCUGGUAUGACCAAGAUGAACAUAUUUCGUCCGUUCUCGGCGAGAUCUUCGUCGUUCCUUUUGCUCUUUGUUUCUGGGUAUCACCUCUCUAUCUCGACAACCACGGCUCGUCACGAUAUGCGAAUUAUACCGUUGGAAAGGCGUCGUUCGUAGCUUUCGAACGGGUAUUUGAUCUCCAGGAACGGGCUAGAAAUCACUACGCUAUGCUCAAACACAUUUUUGGCUACCUCAGGAUCUCCCCUCUAUUUGGGGUGUUAAGACUUGAUUGGAGGACUCUUAUGGGCAGGGGAGACACCUCAACUGGUUGA